AUGGACAAUAAAACAGCAGCAACAACAGCAGCAACAGCAGCAACAGCAGCAGCAGCAGAGGAGGAAGAAGAAGAAGAAGAAGAAGGAGGGAAUACACUAUGUGAUGGUAAGACAUGUCUAGAUGCAGCAGCAUAUCGUUGUUAUAUGGAGGCUGUACUGCAGCAAGAGAAGGAGCAAUGGGCAGCAGCAGCAGCAACACUGCAGCAACUGCAGCAGCUGUAUAUACAGCUCAAGCAUCUCAGCAGCACGCAGCAAGACAUGGAGAAUUUAUAUAAAAAUAGAUUAGAGGCAAUAGAUCCCUUGCUGCGCCUCUGUGCCUUCCAUACGGGGGAUAUACGUGCUGCUGCGCAGCAGCAGCAGCAGCACCUGCAGCAGCAGCAGCAGAAGGGUGGGAAGCAAGGUGGGGUCAACACCAAACAGAUUGCUGCUACUGCAAGUAGCAGCAGCAGCAGCAGCAGCAGCAGCAGCAGCGUGGGGUGUAUAGGCACAUGGAGGGGGGCACCUCUUACUAUUAAGAAAGAUAAACCAAGAGCAGCAAUAGCAGCAGCAAAUACUAAUUGGCAGCAGCAGCAGCUGCUGCAUAUAGAUAAUCUACGUACUAUUGCUGCUGCUGCUGCUAAUGCUGCUGCUGCUGCUGCUGCUGCUGAUAUUAAGGCAGCAGCACCUGCACUCAUGGAGAGAGACGCACAAGGAUGGGCAGAACGGUAUGGAGAGGCGUCUGCUCGUUUCCGUGGUUGUGUUGAGUUAAUCCAUAAAGAGCUGAUGGCCGAGCCUGAUGAGGCGUCUUGGCUGCAGGCACAAGGGUACUGUAUGGAUAUGAGCAGAUGCCUUGAGGUAGAAAGGGACGCCCUUAUGCUGCUGCGGUGUCUUCUUAGUCUUGCUGCUGCUGACGUUCUGCUGCAAUGGCUGCUGCUGCUGUUGCUGCUGCUGCUGCUGCAGGGAAUUGAGCGCAUGCAAGCAGAGGAGGCACUUCCUGAUGAUCGCCGGCCGCAGUUGCAGCGAUGGGUGCAGGUGGCUAAAGACAGCAAGGCUACUUGCUUAGCAACAGCAAUUGCAUGCGAUGGGAAACUUGCUGAGGCAUUCGUGCUCUCUCGUGCUGUUUCUACGCGACAAAUCCCCUUAGCUGUAAAGAAAGAGCUUCGUGACGAUCCCCACGAACGUGUCGAUUUGCUGCUCGCAGCAAUACAGGUGCAGGGGAUGUUGCUGCUGGUUGCAGCUGCUGCUGCUGCUGCUGCUGCUGCUGUGUCUGCUGCAGAGACACAGAACUUGCCUUGUUCUGCUGCAAAUGUUUUAACUUCUCGCGAAUCAACAGAUGCAGCAGCAGCAGAACAGACACCGCAGCAGCAGCUGGACUCUACAUUGGGACGUUUGCUGCUGCCUGAUGCUGACCCUGUUGGCUGCAAGCCACACCUCUUUGAUCUG